AUGCCCACCGGGUUCGCUGCGGUGGCAGGACCAUCAGCCUACGACACAAGCCUUACGUUCCUGGACGGUCCAGUCUACGAUGAAGCUGAAUACAACGAAAUCAUACACACCUCAGCUCAAUACUCACACCAAGAUGACUUAGGUUGGCUAAGCCUGCAGCAUGAUUCAAUCGACGAUUUCUGCCGUACCAUCAGCAGCAAUGCCUCGAGCAGAUCGUUCAACGACGGAAGCACAUGGUUGAUUGCUCACCCGUCAGGGGUUGGCAAUCCACACUGUCGUAUCCCGGACUCUGGGUUCUUCGGCAUGCCAGACUCCUUCAACGGUUCUCUCAUAGCCAAUCCUGAGUUCCAAGAUCCAGCCUCCAUUGAUCGUCAGGCAUAUUCUUUCGCUUUACCGCUCAACGGUAGUGCCACAUUGUUACCGCAGCGUCCAGAAGCCAACGGCGAUGACCUCAACCUCUUCAGUGAAGAUACUCUCGGCAGUCGCUCGUCUCACCACGAUCAGGCUCUCCACGCCUCCGACUUCUUUGUCACCGAGGGUUUCGGUAAUAUGAGCCCAAGAUCUGGUCACUACGGUGCCGCGGGUAUCACAGGACCCCCCUUGAGCGAAUACGACGACGGAGAAGGAAGCUGA